UCAAAAACCUCACAGCAUCUCAUCUCCCCCGUUGCACACGCUCCCGGAAUCACGGGAAAACGACAGCGGAGCCGGUGAGCAUCAUUACCGCCGGAAUCAGACGCUCGAGAGACCGAUAGAUUAAACUCGAGACUUCGCUGCCAAUGUCAGCGAGUUAAAUCGGCGUUUGUAGCCGUAAAACCGUCAAAUAUCACGAAAGAGAGUCUUGUAGAGACAUAUAGAGGGGAAAACAGGUCAUAGAAGUGAAUUCGUGUUUAUUUUGUGUUUAUUUUUUUCUCCAUAUGCGCUAUUAAAGGAGAAGCUGACUGACCGUUUUUUUAACGGACAAAUCCAACUUGACUUCAUUUACGUAGACGUUCCGUUGAUGGAGCGACGCGCGUGCACGAUCCUUCACUUUUGAAAUCGUCUUCUGUGAAUGUGUGUUAUGUCGGGGGUGUUGUCGGGAGAAACCGUGAAACAUUUGCUGCUGUUCUCAGACAACGGAGACUCUUGUGGUUUAUUCCGAGCUCAGGCUGAUGGAAUUGCGCUGAAAAACGACUGACAACACAGGGAAAUACCCAUAGAUCUUCAAUACACAGACCUCGGAUUUCUGCCCACGGCUCAUUUCCAGCCAGGUGAAGGACCAGCAAUCAUCUGCGUGACCUCUUGAACUGACCCCAUGAGGACGGCUCAGGGAGAUGGAACGUAACAGACUUUUCUCUCUUACUCUCUACUGCAUAUCCACGAAAACUCACCACGGCUGAGCACAACCUCAGCCCCUCGUCCACCCCAACCCUUCCACUGUCCCCCCAUUCCUGUCCUCCCUUUUCUUGCUCCCUGAACGACCAAAUCAAACAGGACCACUUUUUUUUAAAUAGUUUAACUUUCCUUUGCCCUUCACGGGGUACCAAGCAAAGCGGACGUCAAUAAACAAGCGAAGCGAAGAACAAGACAGUCAUGUUUCCCCUCCGUGCCUGUAAGCGGGAUUUGGGCCAUGCCCGCAAUUCGGAGGCCACCCGUGCAAUUACUCUUCUCUGGUUGGCACUGUGGAUCGCCUUGACUUCGUGCCAGCGCAUUGAUCCUGGCAUCAAAUAUCCCACCGUCACCACAAACUAUGGCAAAUUGCGUGGGAUUAAAAAAGAUCUUAACAACGAGAUCCUGGGUCCCGUGGAACAGUACCUGGGCAUCCCCUAUGCCACAGCGCCAAUCGGAGACCGCCGCUUUCAGCCCCCAGAAGCUCCCGGGUCCUGGCAGGAAGUGCGUAACGCUACACAGUUCGCCCCUGUUUGCCCGCAGAACGUGCACGGCGUUUUGCCCGAGAUAAUGCUGCCUGUGUGGUUUACUGACAGCUUGGAUGUGGCUGCCACCUACAUUCAGAAUCAGAGUGAAGACUGUCUCUACCUCAACAUCUAUGUGCCCACAGAGGACGGUCCACUCACAAAAAAACACGAUGAGUCAACACUGAACCGGCCACGAGAUGAAGACAUCCGUGACCGCAGGAAGAAACCUGUCAUGCUCUUCAUUCACGGUGGCUCUUAUAUGGAAGGAACCGGAAACAUGUUUGAUGCCAGCGUGCUUGCGGCAUAUGGCAAUGUCAUCGUAGUCACCAUGAACUAUAGGCUGGGAGUUCUGGGUUUUCUGAGCACAGGAGAUCAGUCUGCCAAAGGGAACUACGGUCUUCUGGAUCAGAUCCAGGCGCUGCGUUGGCUGAACGAGAACAUCGGACACUUCGGCGGCGACCCCGAACGCAUCACUAUCUUCGGCUCUGGGGCCGGAGCGUCAUGUGUGAACCUUCUCAUCCUGUCCCACCACUCCGAGGGCCUGUUUCAGAGAGCCAUUGCUCAGAGUGGUUCAGCGAUCUCCAGCUGGUCCAUCAGCUACCAGCCCCUGAAGUACACCAAGAUCUUGGCCCGGAAAGUGGGAUGCACAUAUGGGGAGACCGCAGACCUGGUGGACUGUCUCCGCAGGAAAAACUUCAGAGAGCUGGUGGACCAGGACAUCCAGCCGGCCCGCUACCAUAUUGCGUUCGGACCCGUGAUGGACGGAGACGUCGUGCCAGACGACCCCGAGAUCCUGAUGCAGCAGGGGGAGUUCUUGAACUACGACCUUCUGAUUGGUGUAAAUCAAGGGGAGGGUCUGAAGUUUGUGGAUGAUGGAGGCACUGAGAGUGAAGAGGGGAUCUCAGCUGCAGCCUUCGACUACACAAUCUCCAACUUUGUGGAUAACCUUUAUGGAUACCCUAAAGGUAAAGACAUCCUGAGGGAGACUAUUAAGUUCAUGUACACAGAUUGGGCGGACCGAGACAAUGGGGAAAUGCGGCGCAAGACUCUCCUGGCAUUAUUCACUGAUCACCAGUGGGUGGCGCCAGCCAUCGCUACCGCCAAACUCCACGCGGACUAUCAGUCUCCCGUCUACUUCUACACGUUCUACCACCACUGCCAGACCGAGACCCGACCCGAGUGGGCAGACGCGGCUCACGGGGACGAGAUACCGUAUGUGUUCGGCGUACCCAUGAUCGGAGCAACUGACCUCUUUCCUUGCAACUUUUCCAAGAACGACGUCAUGCUUAGCGCUGUGGUCAUGACCUACUGGACCAACUUUGCCAAGACCGGGGAUCCCAACUUGCCUGUUCCUCAGGACACCAAGUUCAUCCACACCAAGCCCAACCGCUUUGAGGAAGUGAUCUGGACCAAGUUCAACUCUAAAGACAAGCAGUACCUCCACAUUGGCCUGAAGCCUCGCAUCCGGGACAACUACCGAGCAAAUAAGGUCGCCUUCUGGCUGGAACUGGUUCCUCACCUCCACAACCUUCACGAGGAGGUCUUCAGCACCGCCACAACCCGACUCCCUCCGGGUACCGCCCGUACCCCACACUGGAAGGGUCCGGGACCCCGUACCACACGCCAUCCCAUCCCAACCUUCCCUUCAGAGCCGGACGCCGAUAGUUCAGAGCCGCCUCGAUUCCCUCCCUUCCCGAGCGACACCCGGGAUUACUCGACGGAACUGAGCGUGACGGUCGCCGUCGGUGCGUCGCUCCUCUUCCUCAACAUCCUGGCCUUCGCCGCGCUUUACUACAAGCGCGACAAACGGCACGAGAUGCGACGGCACCGGUUGUCCCCGCAACGAGGCGUUCCCUCCAAUGACUUGGCACACAGCCAGGAGGAAGAGAUCAUGUCCUUGCAAAUGAAGCACUCGGAGCACGACUCCCACCACGACAUGGAGCCACUGCGGCCGCAUGAUAUUUUACGUCCCGCGUGCCCCCCCGACUACACGCUGGCGCUGAGGCGGGCGCCCGACGAUGUCCCGCUCAUGACCCCUAACACUAUCACCAUGAUUCCUAGCACCAUCACCGGCAUGCAACCGCUCCAUGCCUUCAACACCUUCCCCACGACCACCGGGCACAACAACACCUUACCCCACCCUCACUCCACCACACGUGUAUAGUAGCGCCACCGAACGAGAGGACUAGCUCUCAUACGUAUCCAGUUUUCUCUCUCUGUCCACCUUUUCAAGCUCCUGAACUUCAGAUGCUCUCGGUUACGCUGCCAAGAACAGCGACAGCCAAUCCCGUUGGGGUGUUGUGCGUAUAGACACAAUCAACGGUUUGGCAGAAGUUGUACACACUAGAGGGGCUCUGUCAUAGACUCUACGGCGAGCAACAGAUUCGGCCGGCACUGACAAGCCAUCGGCCUCGUCCUCGAUUCAACUUGCUGUUUGUUUUUCCACAACGUCCUUAAAAAGGAGGAGCGUCGACGAUUGACUGAGCUGAUCUGAUGUCAUGAAGGGAAAUGAUGACUCGUAUCCCCACUAAAUUGGCAGAGUGCAGAUUUCAUCCAUCCCUUUCUUUUUACCAUCCUUCUUUGUUAUUCCAUUUCCAGCGAAACGCUCUGUCCGAAUGUGAUCUGUGUCCUCGGAUCAUGUUUCACAUGAAUCGUAGGGGCAUUCGAUAAGACAGAAGCUGGAUACGUUGUGUUUACCUGCAGUCUUGUGUCAAGUGUUAAAUCAUACCUUGUAACAAGAGACACGGGGAAAGAGAGAGAAUAACAGCGCCUGACAGACGGCAAAAACAAAAGUGCCAACCUCCUCUCUUUUUCUCUCGCUCUCCCGUCAUUUCGUCACGCAUAUUCGAUUUGGCCACGUGUUGUUUCUUAGGAAGAUUUUUUUGUAUGUAUAAAUAUAAAGACAAAUAUAUAGAAGAAUGAUAUAAAUAUAUAUUUACAUGGAUUGCUCUGGGGGAUCUAUGCAUGAAAUAUUUUAAAGCACCAAGAAGGACACUGAGCUGUAAACUCCCACAGCAUUUUACGUAUUUGCAUUUUUUUAACUUGCUUGCUUAAAAUGGUUGCAGAAACUUCUCCCCAGUGGUGUUUUCAUCAGCAUUACUCAAACUGUAACGGUCUGGCCACUCUAUAUAGGACACAUCCAGAAAGAGAUCUAUUGGCAAUAUUCUUUCAAACGGUUUAUAGUUGUUGGUGCUAUUAUUUGACCAUCAACCAUGUCGUGCCCUACCAGAGCCAUCUGUGAUGCUCCGGACUCUUGCAUAAAUACUGCAAAUGUAGCUUUGCAACUCUUUCAUGGGCCUGUGACCAAUAUUCAGCUUUUAUUAAUCUAAUUUUUCACAGAGACAAAUCUCUCUCUCUGUCUCGGCCUCAUCUCUGUCCUUGCUCUUUUGGUUCGACGUCAUUUGGUAUUUGACAACCCGGUUUAAUCAGCUUCUUUUUUGUGUAUUGGUGCGUGUACACACAUGAAGAGUGUUUUCUUGCCAAUAUGUCUCUUGCCAAGUGCCCUCUACAUUUGUGUUAAUGUAAAUGUGUGAGAUCAAGAGUAUAUGUGACAGAGGCCCAGUUUACACUUGGUUAUAAGAUUGAUCGGAUCACAAGUAGACGAGAGUGACACCGUUCCGUUUACACCUGGUGUUUUAAUCUGUCUCUUUUGUCCACAUUCAACCACUUUGGUUCCUGAUUUCUUCGAGGGAAGGUUUUUUUUUUAGAUCUUUCAAUCUUGUGGACAAAAUAAGCUUUAAAUUUGGGGAUGGAGAAAGAACACGUUUUUCAUCUCCAAACCAAACUUGGGUCUUCAGCUGACAAUGUGUAAAUCCGUCGGUCUAGCUGCAUCCAAUAAUGUUACGCAUGAGGUCAGGAGACGGAGAGAAGACGGUCUUUUUUGGCAGUUUGAACACAUUCGAUCACAUGAGCGUUUACACUACGAAAGCAAUCCGGUCGAAUGUGUUUUUAAGUGGUGGAAAGUGGACAAUCUGAAAACGUUUUCGACCAGUUUACACCUGUAUUUAGCGUCGUCCAAUUGUGAUCCGAUCGGCCAAAACCCAUCAGGUGUAAACGGUCAGAGAGGCACAAAGAAAGAGAAGGCUUCAAUCUUCAUAACACUCCUUCAUGAAAACCAACCUGGCUUUAGGCCGUUUUACAUGCAAAGCAGGUGUAUGUUGUGCGAUAGGAAGAGGCUGGAAGCACCUCAUAAUAUCAGUUUGGUGUUCACCCACUUCUCGACAUAUCACACAUCUGUCUGCACUGCAGUGCACACUUGACCUUUCCGGUUAUGACAAGCACAGCAAAUGGAGGUUGUGGCGAACCAGAUCUAUAUAAACAAAUUUUACACGAUUGUUUCGUGUUGAGGUUAAAGAACGAAUGGCUCCGAAUCACUGCGGGAUUAACACGAUCACUUCUCUUCUGUUCAUGCCUUGUUAGACUUUGCCACUGCUGUCUGCGUCACGGGAGGAUGACGGUUUGUGUGUGUCUCACUGUUGGCUGUGACGCCUACAAUAUUUCUCUCAGACAAACACAGGACCCUCAUCAGGGAGCAAGAACUAACGCCACUAAAACACGAACAGACUCGAAACUGGAGGAUUAGUGUGUCAUUCAAUUCUGUGUUGUGGACUAACAGCCCAAUGGACGGGAGACUGUAACGAGUUUGGGUUACUGAGAGUCUAGACUGGACCUGUGGAUAUGUACCAUCUGUGGACUUUAGUGUGGUUGUAGGUAUAUCUAAACUCCAUUUUAAACACACUAUGAGGAGUUGACUAGAGCUGCGUACAAAACAACCUCAAUUCUAAUAAUCAAUACUGUUUUAAGAGACGAGUCGAGACUCUUUUGUUAUUUUUCUUGUUUGGUUUUGUACGCUCAACCGCUAGAGUGUGAUGUUGUGGUACAUCCAGAAUAAAGACUCUACAUCCGUUACGAGCCAUUCGUUGGGUCUUCAGUAGGCGUACAGUGAGGAGGAUCAUAGAAUUUAACUGUACAUUUUUAAGUGUGAGAACAAAUCAACUGAAAAUAUUUGUAAAUAUUCAGUUACUUGUUUGUUUAAUGUUUUUUUCUCCCCCUUUUUUUUUUGCUUUUUUUUUCUGGUCAAAUGAAAUAUAAGAUACUCUGUGACCAGGACAACAGGUGCAAGUUGUAAUUCAGCCACCAGCAAAAUUGAUGAAUCCCAUUCGUUGGAGAUUAAAUUCACUUUCUGCUGCUUCAUUUCGUUUUGGGAGAGGUGAUUUAUUGCUCUUGUAUUUGAGCACAGAGAUGGUGUAUCAUGUAGCAUUUCAAAGUCGCUCAUAUUUCUGCACAAUAUGAUCAUUUCAGAUACAAAUCUUCAAUAUGGAGAUAUGGACUGGAAGCACUGGAAACAAUGGUGGAUAUGAGAACGAAGUAUUUCAUCUGCCAUGAAAUUGUUGUAGCAUUAAACCAAAAUGCAACCAGAAAAAGAAAAGUAUUAUUUUGUGAUCACAUUUUUACUACACUUAGCCUAAGUAUAGAGUAUUGUUAAUGAAUUUAGCAUCUAGAGGAAUAAUGCCAGAAUAAAGACGACAUAAAGAGCGCAAGAGGCUCUCGUUAUGUCAAGCCUGGUGUUUUAAAGAUUACUUUAUAAAUGAAGCACAUGUUAUUUCUAACAAGAUAAAUAUUUUAUUGGGUCCUAAAGCAAAUUUACACCUGUUGCCCUGUUUUACUCUAUGUUCAGAAUCAGAACGCCACACGUGAUGAAGAAUAAACAUGUUCAUAAUGGAUUUUAAAAAAAGAAAAGGUAAAAUUAUAUAAAUAAGGUGAUGAUAUUUCUCUUUAUUUAGAAGUUAUUACACACUGUAUGCUGUGACUCUGAUCUGGGGAACAUUAAAGAAAUUCAUAGCCAGA